CGACAUACCACAGUAAAGUGUUUUGACUUCGUGAAGCUUUAUUUUGUUGAAUUCGAUCAAUUAUUGUCGGGACAAGCGGACGUUGGGUAGCAAAGUAGCGCGACUUGACUGUUGCGCAUUGGAGGAUUUUUUUGUGGAUCACAACAAAAGGAUUUUUGAUAACAAGCUGGCAGCUAGCUCAGUUAAGCUAGCUAACGUUAGCUGACCUAGCUAGACGAGGAUUUCUGUUGAAAUUGCCCCCAAUCUGCUCAUGUGUCCCUCUCUUUUGAACAAACCCUGCUGAACCCUGGUCACUGGAGGGGCCACAUCAGAGCAAGGGCCCAAACUGUAGCCCCAGGUCCCCUCUGUCUGUGAGCGGGAGAGCUUCUGUCUAGUCCUCUGGAGACAAGCGGCUUGUCCUGCCAGGAUGUCCUCCAUCUUGCCAUUCACCCCUCCCGUGGUGAAGAGGCUGCUGGGCUGGAAGAAGUCGUCGAGUGGCCCCGGUGGAGCAGGCGGCGGAGAACAGAACGGGCAAGAGGAGAAAUGGUGCGAGAAGGCCGUGAAGAGCUUAGUGAAGAAGCUAAAGAAGACAGGCCAGCUAGACGAGCUGGAGAAAGCUAUCACCACACAGAACUGCAACACCAAGUGUGUCACCAUCCCCAGCAAUUGCUCUGAAAUAUGGGGACUGAGUACACCAAAUACGAUAGAACAGUGGGAUACAUCAGGCCUAUACAGCUACCCUGACCAAACCAGAUCCCUGGAUGGCCGCCUGCAGGUCUCCCACAGGAAGGGGCUCCCCCACGUUAUCUACUGCCGCUUGUGGCGAUGGCCGGACCUUCACAGCCACCACGAGCUGCGUGCCAUCGAGGCCUGCGAGUAUGCCUUCCAUCUAAAGAAGGAUGAGGUCUGCAUCAACCCCUACCACUACCAGAGGGUGGAGACCCCAGUGCUGCCUCCUGUUCUUGUGCCAAGACACUCAGAGAUCCUGCCAGAGCUGCCACCUCUGGAUGAUUACACUCAUUCCAUACCCGAGAACACAAACUUCCCUGCAGGAAUCGAACCUCCAAACAACUAUAUACCAGAAACACCCCCACCAGGCUACAUCAGUGAAGAUGGAGAGGCAAGCGAUCAACAGAUGAAUCAAAGUAUGGACACAGGUUCUCCAGCAGAGCUGUCCCCCAGCACUCUGUCGCCUGUCAAUCACAGCAUGGACCUGCAGCCGGUGACCUACUCUGAGCCUGCCUUCUGGUGCUCUAUAGCCUAUUACGAGCUGAACCAGCGUGUGGGGGAGACGUUCCACGCCUCUCAGCCCUCGCUGACAGUGGACGGAUUCACAGAUCCGUCCAACUCUGAGCGCUUCUGCCUGGGUCUGCUGUCUAACGUCAACAGGAAUGCCACUGUGGAGAUGACCCGGAGGCACAUAGGAAGAGGAGUUCGACUCUACUACAUUGGAGGGGAGGUUUUUGCGGAGUGCCUGAGUGAUAGCGCCAUUUUUGUCCAGAGUCCAAACUGCAACCAGCGGUAUGGCUGGCAUCCAGCAACAGUGUGUAAAAUUCCCCCAGGUUGUAAUCUAAAAAUCUUCAACAACCAGGAGUUUGCAGCCCUGCUGGCUCAGUCAGUCAACCAGGGCUUUGAGGCGGUUUACCAGCUCACCCGGAUGUGCACCAUCCGCAUGAGCUUCGUCAAAGGUUGGGGAGCCGAGUACAGGCGGCAGACUGUCACAAGCACUCCUUGCUGGAUUGAGCUCCAUUUGAACGGCCCCCUGCAGUGGCUGGACAAGGUUCUGACCCAGAUGGGUUCCCCUUCAGCACGCUGCUCCAGUAUGUCCUAAACAGCUAAAGAAACGCCCCCAAAAAAAUACCUGCAGCCCAUUACAUCAUCAUUGAAUUCCAAACUUGUGAGUCCUUUCAUAAAAAAGAAAAAGAAAAUGAAGACCCGACAGAAUGAAUUUUCUGUAACAUUCAUUUUAUUUGUGGCACAGUUCCACAUCCCUCACAUAUUCACACACACACACACACACACACACACACACAAACACAAACAAAUGCACCUACACUGUUGCACUCACUCUCUCACACACACACACACACACACACAUACAGACUUUUCAGUAAAAAGAAUUGGCACUUUGUUACCCAUCUAUGUCAUGCACCUUGUUAAAUUGCUUUUCCCCAAAUCCUUGAUAUUAGAUCUAUUUGUGGUACAAAUAAAAUGUAUAUUGGUUCUUAGUCCAGGAAGUAGGGGAAAUACCAAAAAUAUCUGUGAAUAGUUUCUCAGUAUUGAAUAUUGCUUGUGAGUAACACAAGCUUGAAUGCUAAAAAAAAAAAAAUCUAGUUCCAGCCCACACCAACUAUUGUUCUCAACCUAAGUUUACGUUUCUCUGGGAAACUUUGGCCCCAUCUUUUGUCAGGGGGAGGUGGCUUGGUGAUGAACCGAUGGCCUCGAUGGCCGUUUUUCCCUCUGAAGGAAACUCCACAAUGUGUUUAUGAAAUUUUAAUUGACUUUGAAAGAACGACCACCUUUUUUUUUCUGUAGCUCUCGACGUGUGUCGUUAUAAGACAUACUUCUUAAUGGACAAAUAGGAAUGUUAGUAAGCAAUUCCAAAACCCCCAAAUGAACUGCAAACUUGAUCUGGAUGUAGUUUAUUCCUUUGUCAUUAUAUGGCACUCUACAUGUCCUUGUUUUAGUUUGUUUACAUCCCUACUGAACAGCCUGGUGUGGAAGCUAAUGAGAUGUUGGCCAGGCCUUGCAAGGUGCACUGGGAAGGGACCAGAGAGCAUCAGCUGUUGUCAAAAGCUUUUUUUUUUCUUCUUUAUUUUUCUUUUCUUCUCUUUUUGACUCAACACUGGGAGUCCUGGGGCUCUCCAAGGUGAAGCAUUAAAGUUCUUACCGGGAGAAUUUGAAGGUAUCAAUGAAUUCAUUUUUGUUUUUAGCCUAUAUCCCCAUUGUUUUGCUACUUUUUUGUAUUCUCAUGUAUUUUUAUAUAUAAAUAUACUUAAGAUUUUCUGUCGUUCACUUUUUAUUAAAGUGAUAUUUUCAAAACCACAGCUGUUUCUAAAGUGACAAGGAGGGCAUGGGUCAUUCCUUUUAUUUUACCCAAAAGGUUUAGUUUGAAUUUAUUUACAAUCGCAGCUCUUGGUAAAAAAGAAGAAAAAAAACUCACUGCCCCACAUGAUGUGUAGCCUGUUUUUAUCCUUUUGUUUUUCCAAAGAAAUCGGGUGCAUUUAAAGUACAGGAAACCACCGAUUUAACCGUAUCCCCAAAUCUACUUUCCUGUAAUGGUUUUAAUGAUUCCAGAGGCAUGUCGAGCUUUGUAAAGGCCAAUCAGUCAGUCAUCUCCUCACUUUUUCUUUUUGAACAACACACGUGACCUCUUGUAGCCUUUUGGUGCUUAGUCAGGCGGGUUAAAGUUAACCACAUACAAUUGGCUUUUUAAAAAUGUUACAGAAACCUGAGUGGAGAGAACGAGCGGUUUUCUUCCAUGAGAAAAGAAGAGUGAAUGUGCCUGCACACUAGGACAUUCUGUGUUAGUGUGUGUGUAGUAUUUGUUCUGUCUAUAAAAUACAGUAUGUACAACAAGACUUAUUAGCUUAUUAAACUCUGCCAUUAUUGUCAUUAAGUGGCUGUUGGGAGUUUAACAUGUUUCCUCCCCUCCCUCCUUUUAAUGUAAAUGUGUUUACCUUAUGGCACUAGUGAUUGUACUUUAAGUGCACCUAGUGACGUUUGGAUUUGGGGAACUGAACCAUGUGUUAAGGUCCAGUGUUACAUUGUUUUUAUCUUUGGCCUACAACAUAUGAAUGUGAAAAAAAUACAUUACAAAAAACCUAUGUGGACCAGAUGUUCAUAUGCAUAACAGUAGUAUGUGUGUAUUUAACAGUAAUCUUUUUGCAAAGCAGUCAGUACAGUAGAUGUCGCAGUUGUUUUACCUGUAGAGGGCGGUGUUGAUAGAGCAGUUCUUUUUUUUCUUUUUUCUUUUUUGACCAUAAGCUUCUCAGGCGUGUGGCAUAUUAUGCAGAAUUCAUACUUCAAAAACACUAAUAAAGAUUUUUAUUCUCAUGA